AUGGAUCCUAUCAGUGCUCUCGGAGCUGCAGCUGCAGGUGCUCAGUUCGUUGGCAUAGCCGUCAAAACGUUACUGGGCGCUGCCAAAUUGUUUCAAGGCAUCAAGGAUGAUCCAAAAAGGGCGGUCGAGCUCCUCGCCUGGAUCGAAGAGGAAUUAAUCUCAAUGCAAAGGCUUCUCCAUCCAGACUCUCCUGUGUUCGCAAGCCUCACGACGGCUCAAUAUGUACAGGUCGCACCGUGCGCUAUCAAUGCCCGAAAGGCACUGGACAAAGUCAAGCUUGUGCUCUCGCCAUUAGUUGACGACAUUGGCAGACUGAAGGAUCGAGAUGACCUUGGAAAGAAAAUCAUGCUGCUUUGGAAAUCAUUAUUCACCAUGAAGAUGAUGAAGGAUAUCGAGUCAAAUCUGGACACCAUCCGAAUGCUGAACGCUACCUUGUUGCGUGAACUGCAAAUCUGUGGUUUCGAAACUCAGUCUCUUCUUCGCGAGCAAAGCGCCCAAGUCUUCUCCAUUGUCGUUGAACUCUCAAAACGUGAUGGCGAGCUGCUUAGGUCAAUGGAGCAAUUCAGCACGCUGCAAAGACAAACGCUCGAAGAGACAAGACUGUCGAAAGAUGCCCUCGUACACACCCUCCAUGCUUUGAGGGAGGCUGAGAAUGACAGAUAUCAAGAGCUCCUCUGUGUUCAGAUGACGCAAUUCCAAGCAAUGCAGAGCAUGUUUCGACCUCAAAUAGAUACCACAGAAACUCUGAGCAAAGUAGGGACCGAUAACAAGUCUUCAUCAAACGAUCUAGACUCUGGAAUAACUUCGAAGCAGAUUGUCAAGCGCAAGUCAAAGAUACAAAGCUCCAAGUCUCUCAGAUGCAAAUGCUACAGGAACAAGUUCUCAUCAGUUCAUACAUUUCGCAUUCUCGCGUUCAGGACAGACUGGCAACCAGUUCAGGAAAGACCUGAUAUUUUGAGUCCAGCAUCUUGGGAACCAGGUGCGCUCCUGACCCGCAACUACAAAGCCAAGUCUGUAUUUUUUCAACUUGUUUGGAACGGGAAGAAAGCAAAAGAUCGUUUAGCGGGUGUUGUUCGCGGCAUUGAAGAAGCCGUCUGCUCUGGUGUUGCUUCAUAUAGCGAUAUGGAUGAGCGAGGCUGCACUUUACUCACCGAAUUGACCCUCCUGUUCGCUUACUUGGGAGAAGUAAUUUUCGAUGUCGAUUAUGAAAUGCUCCAGCUGUUUCAGAUGGCAUUCAGUUCGAAGCUCGAUCCCACAACGCGUUUCAGCGAAUUCAGCGAUGGACGAAGUUAUGGAGUACUAUUUCAUGCAACCCCGCAUUUGACGUUGGGUGCAACAAUUGUGAAUUAUGCAAGCAGCAUGGGAAAGAUCAGUGCCUCCCUGUACGAAGCUUUUCUGGAAUACGAAGGACUAGCCGAAUCAUCCUCAGGCAUUGCUGGAAACGCUCAUCUUUGGAAAGCCAUUACUUCUGACCCAUCGUUGUCUGAGGCGCUAGGAUACUCUGACUUGUCACUAGCAGUCAUAUCAAGAUCUAUGGAAAGAUUGGAAAAGUGCGUCUACCUUUCCUCGGGAGAUCGCUCAUCGGAUCACCAAACAUAUUCGCCACUGCAGCUGGCAUUGGGCUGGCCUGAAGGUCUCCAACUCUUGAUUGAUAACGACUACGGCAAUGUCUUUAGAGCAUUUCAGCUAGCAUGUCAAUUCCGCGAUAUCAAGUCAGCUGCUACUAUUCUUUCAUCCAAGGAUGUCACACUUUUCACAGCUCGACCCUAUUGGGACAAUCUGGAUGCUAUCCUGCCUCCACGAAAAGUUCCGUUACACUACUUCCGGUAUUGCGGGGAUGAUGAAGCGGACAUAGCCUUUAAGAACGACCUUGAAAAGUCUAGAGACGAUGAAUGGCACGCCACACUCGAAGAAGCAGGCUACAAAGAAUGGAACUUUCAAGACGUCAUAUGGGAUCAUUGCACAAAGGUGCUUCUCAAGGCUCAUGCCUACAGGCAGAGAGUAGCUGCCUGGAAACGACACGGCUUGGUCUCGAAACCAAGAUUUGGUAGAUUGCAGCCUAUGAAGUUCUCGCAGAAACAACCGGAAGAGGAAUGA